CGAGUCCCGGACGUUGGACUUCCUUUUCCAUUUCUGACGUUUGAUUUUCUCUAUUCCAAACAUCACCAUGGUGCGUUUUGGCCUUCAAGCGCCUGCUUCAGCUGCGAUUACAGGCGCGCAAGCGCAUUUUAGCCCAUACCGUUGAUAGCCGUUGCAUUCCAGAACUAACAGUAGCAUUGUGUCCCAUUUCAUGGAUGAAAUUCAGAUGGGUGUUUCACAAACUGAAGUCUCCUGUUCCCACUUGGGUUUUCCCUCUCAUCUCUCCCUUCAGGACUCUUAUUUCCCAAAACCCUUCUUCCCCAUCUGGCAGAUUUUUUCACAACCACGUAAACAUAAGCCUCCUCCUCUCCAGUUGCGGAAGAGAUAAAAAUCUUCAUCUGGGUUCUUCCCUUCAUGCCUCCAUAAUCAAAAGCUUUGAAUUUCAUGACCUCCACAGUUCAGACUGUGUCCGAAAUUGCCUUGUUGUUUGGAAUUCUCUCCUCUCCAUGUACUCAAAAUGUGGGGAGUUUUCAAACGCAGCUGCAUUGUUUGAUGAUAUGCUUGUGAAAGACACCGUUUCUUGGAAUGUUAUGAUGUCUGGAUUUUUAAAGAGUGGACACAUUGAGUUGGGAUUUGGGUAUUUUAAACAAAUGCACGAAUCCGGUGUUUAUCGAUUGGAUCAAGCGACUCUGACUACCAUAUUAUCUGCUUUUGAUAGUGGGGAUUUCUGUUUUGUGAACGAGAUGAUGCAUGGUUUGGCAUUUUUAAGUGGGUAUGAGCAGGAAAUUACAGUUGGGAAUGCUCUCAUAACAUCAUAUUUUAAGUGUGGCUGUUUUGAUUCUGGAAAACGUGUUUUCAGCGAGAUGUUAGAAAAGAAUGUCAUCACUUGGACAGCUGUAAUAUCAGGUCUAGCACAGAAUCAAUUUUAUGCAGAUAGUUUGACAAUGUUUGUGAAGAUGCGAUGUGGACUGGUGAGUCCAAAUGCCUUGACAUAUUUGAGCUCUCUGAUGGCGUGUUCUGGUUUGCAGGCAUUGAGGGAAGGGUGUCAAAUUCAUGGGCUUGUCUGGAAGUUGGGUCUUAAUUCAGAUUUAUGCAUUGAGAGUGCACUAAUGGACAUGUAUUCAAAAUGUGGAAGUGUGGAUGAUGCAUGGCAGAUUUUUGAGUCUGCAGAUGAACUUGAUGCGGUUUCCAUGACAGUAAUUCUUGUGGGCUUUGCACAGAAUGGGCUUGAGGAAGAAGCUAUACAAAUUUUUGUAAAAAUGGUGAAGGCAGGAUUGGAGAUUGACCCAAAUGUGAUUUCGGCUGUUCUUGGGGUAUUUGGUGUUGACACUUCCUUGGUUCUUGGUAAGCAAAUUCAUUCUAUGGCAAUCAAAAGCGGCUUCAUUGCUAAUCCAUUUGUCAGCAAUGGGCUUAUCAACAUGUAUGCAAAGUGUGGUAAUUUGGAGGAAUCGAUGAAGGUUUUUGGUCAGAUGCCUCACAGGAACUCAAUAUCAUGGAACUCCAUGAUUGCAGCCUGUGCUCGCCAUGGGGAGGGCUCAAGGGCACUACAAUUGUAUGAAGAAAUGAGAGUUGAAGGUGCAGAGCCAACUGACGUCACAUUUCUCUCUUUGCUUCAUGCUUGCAGUCAUGUGGGAUUAGUCAAAAAGGGCAUGGAGUUCUUGGAAUCUAUGACCAAAAUUCAUGGGAUCUGUCCAAGGACUGAGCACUAUGCAUGUGUUGUUGACAUGUUAGGCCGAGCGGGACUUCUUAAAGAGGCUAGGAGUUUUAUUGAAGGCUUACCUGAGAAGCCAGGUAUUCUUGUUUGGCAAGCAUUACUUGGAGCUUGUAGUUUUCAUGGUGACGCUGAAGUGGGGAAAUAUGCUGCUGAUCAUUUGUCUACCUUGGCACCUGAAAGCCCUGCUCCAUACAUUUUGAUGGCCAAUAUAUAUUCCUCUAGAGGGAGAUGGAAAGAGAGAGCCAGAACUAUUAAGAGAAUGAAAGAGAUGGGGUUGAUGAAAAGCACAGGUGAAAGUUGGAUUGAGAUUGACAAGAAAGUACAUAAAUUUGUUGUUGGCGACCAAAUGCAUUCUGAAGCUGAGAUCAUUUAUGGGGUAUUGGCACAGUUGUUUAGGGUUAUGAGCGAUGAAGGAUAUGUGCUAGAUAAGAGGUUUAUUCUCUAUUGCUUGGAUGAAGAUGUUUCUUAUGAUAAAGUUACUGCUGAUUGUAUUCCAUAGAUUGUAUCUAAAAUGGAAUUAAAAAGCAUCUGGUUAUGUUACUUAACUAUUGCUGGUUGUAUUCCAAAGUUGUAUCUAUUUGUUAAUUGCAAAUUAACUACAUUUUAUACUUAUGAGACUUAAUUUAGACUAAAUUAAGAGGCUAUUUUGUUUUGAAACUCAA